AUGUCUCUCUUCCGCACUAGCUUCCCUGGCUCCGGCGAGUUCUCGCCUCUCUUCCGUCUCCUUGACGACUAUGACGUCCACCGUUCUGCUCGCAACCAGCCUGCAACUCAAACCUUCUCGCCUCGCUUUGAUGUCCACGAGACGGAAGACUCCUACCACCUCGACGGUGAACUCCCUGGAAUUGCCCAGAAGGAUAUCGACAUCGAGUUCGCCGACCACCAAACCCUGGUCGUGAAGGGUCGCACCGAGUAUGAGCGUCGUACCUCCGACCAGGACGCCGACGAAGACUCCCAGCAGACGGAGUCCGACUCUCAGGCCAAACCCACUCGUCGCUUCUGGGCCACUGAGCGCUCUGUUGGCGAGUUCCAGCGCACUUUCUCCUUCCCCAGCCGCGUUGACCAGGACAAGGUCAAGGCCAGCCUGAAGGACGGCAUCCUUUCCAUCGCGGUGCCCAAGGCCACUGCUGCCGCGACCAAGAAGAUUACCAUCGAGUAA